CUCAACGCCUCGUCGGGGACAGAGCUCCGUUAGUUAAUAACGGUGUAGAUUCGGCUCCGAGUUGCGCUAUUUUGAGUCCAGAAAAGAACGCAGCAGAUCAGCCGGGAGUUGUUAAUCUUUACUUCUCAAAUAAUGCUGGAGGCUCAUCUGAUAGAAUAACUUUGCAUCGAAGGAUCGAACUUUUAAAAGCAAAGACCUAUUUCUUCAGAUGACAAAGGACCAAAGACUCUUAAAGGCAAGAACUGUAUUUUAGGAACCUUUACCGCCUUAUGGGGAACAUUUGCCGACGGACCAUCUGUUUAACAGACUUUUGGUGUUUUUCUCCACUUUGGCCCGGACUGGAAAGGAAGAAGAAUUUUUACAUUUUCUUAUUUCUUUUCUUUUAUCCAGUAUUUUAAAACGAACUCGGCAGCCCUGAUCAAGCUGUUGAGGUCAUUCCAAAUUAAAUUAAAUUUUACCCUUUGACUUUUUACAGUAAUUAGAUUAAAUUUGGUUUUUGAUUUUUCUACAUUUAUCCAAUUUCUCUAACUUCUUGACUUUUUCCUAUUUACGUUUUUGAUAUUGAUUAAGCUUUAAUUUUUGACUUUUACUUUUCUAAAUACUCCGGUUUUGUAAUUUUUUCCGAUUAAUACUCGGUAAGUGAUAACCCUAUUUUUCUAAAUUAUUCAAUUGUCUAUUUUUACCAGAUUAAACCUUUUUUACUAAAUUUUGACGUAAUUACUACUCUUAUAUUUUCACUUAUUGGGCCCCUUUUCUUGUGUUACAAUUCUUUAGGAAUUAAAAACUUUUUCGACAACUUUGUAGUUUAAAGAAGUUUUCAUUUUUAUACUUAUUCGUCCGAUUUUGUCCGAUUAAGUGAAUUUUUACGAAUUUAUCCUAUUAGACUCUUUUUCCAAUUCUUCAAUUCUUUAUGAAUUUGAAUCUUUUUCAAUAAGCUUUUAGAAGUCAUUAGUUUUAUUUCCAUUUAUCUGAUUUUUCUCGGUUAUUGGAUUUUCUACGAAAUCAGUCUAUUCGACUUGUUAAUUUAGAUUGAUUUUUGGAUUCUAUUUUUAUAGUUUUACUUUUCCGAUUUAAUCGGGUUUACAACUCUUUCCAAUUUUUGAUCUUUUUACCAGUUCGUGAUUUUUCCUUUUACAGAAGUUAGAGAAAUAAUUAUUUUUAUUUGAGAACUUUUCCAAUUUUGAUUUUCUUUCAAUUUUUGAUUGAAGAGAAGAGACUUUCAACACCAUUUUAUUUUUAUGUUUUUCUUCCCCUUGAGGACAUCAAGCAAGGCAACAAUUAGAGACGUUUUCACAAGGCUGAACUGUGGGUUGAGAGAUUACAACAGGGAUUGCGUUGAAAGGUCCUGAUGAACACUAAGACUGAGACUUCUGAUCUGAAAUGGACCGUCUUCUCACGUGCCAAACCCCUGUGGGAGGAAGUAAGUGGUCUAGAUGAGGAGAACAACAGCGUAAGGACUUAUCAGAUCUGUCAGACCGACAGCUCAUCCAGCCAUUGGCUGCGCAGUGGCUUCAUCCAGCGUAGAGGAGCAUCUCAGGUGUACGUGGAACUGAGAUUCACCAUGUUGGAGUGUUCCUCCAGGGGAACCCACCACCGCAGCUGUAAGGAGACCUUUAACCUCUACUAUUACCAGGCUGACUCGAAUGAGGCCACCGCCACUUACCCACCAUGGAUGGAGAAUCCGUACACCAAGGUGGACACAGUGGCUGCAGACUUUCUACUAAGGAAGGAUGGGGAGCGGAAGUUUAAUAUGAAGACCCUAAGGCUUGGCCCCCUGUCCAAGAGAGGCUUCUACUUGGCUUUUCAGGCUCAAGGCGCCUGCAUGGCCUUGCUGUCUGUAAGGGUUUUCUUCAAAAAGUGUCCUCCCCUUGUCAGCGCCCUUUCCUCUUUCCCUGAGACCGUCCCCCGCACUCUGGUGCAGGAGGCGCAAGGGGUUUGUGUGGAGCACGCCGCCCAGCAGGGGCCCCGACCUCGGCCGCCGAAGCUUUUCUGCGGGGAAGACGGUCAGUGGGUGGGCCAGCCAACAACAUCCUGUGCCUGCCUGCCAGGGUUCGAGCCCACUGAGGGAUACACAAGAUGCACAGCCUGUCCUGUGGGUCAGUUCAAGUCUGGCACCGAGGGGCAGUGCACAGCCUGUCCAGGAUCCAGCUACACCACUAUCCGGGGCUCAGCGAUUUGUGCGUGUCAUUCUGGAUAUCUACGUUCAGAAUCAGACUCCCCGGACAAUCCAUGUACUAAGCCGCCGUCAGCCCCACGCAGCAUCGUUCCCAAGAUCAACAACACCACUCUCAGUCUGGAAUGGAAUGAGCCGCUGGAUAACGGCGGCAGGACUGACCUUAGCUACAGUGUCCAGUGCUCUGUUUGCCGGCCACCCAAGGGGCCCUGCCUGCCCUGUGGGGACAGUGUCAGCUACCGGCCAUCUCAGCAUGGCUUGCAUGGCCGCAGAGUGGAAGUGUGGGGCCUCCUGCCUCACACCACAUACACUUUCACUAUUCAGACACUUAAUGGUGUGUCUGAGGUCAGCGGCAAGGACCCUGCCAGUGAAAGUGUCAACAUCACCACAAGCCAUGACGUGCCAUCGCUUGUGUCUGUGAUUCGGAAGAGUAACUCCACGGAGAGCAGCCUGACUCUGCACUGGUCAGUGCCAGCACAGCCACACUACACCAUCCUGCAGUAUCAGCUCCGCUACUGUGAGAAGGUGCGGCGAAGUGAAGAUCAGUGUCACUAUACAGAGAGUAACAGAAACCAGAUUGUGCUGACUGACCUCCGCCGGGCUACUCAGUACGAAGUCCAGGUCAGAGCGCGCACCAUGGCGGGAUAUGGCAGCUUCAGUCCCGCAGCCAUCUUUCGCACCCUACCUGAUGGACUUGACUCUCCCUCCCAGCUCUUGGUUACUGGCAUCCUUAUCGCUGUUGGGCUGCUGCUGCUCGUCACUUUCGUCUUUGUGGCUGCCUUCUGUAUACGCAGACACAGCAGAAUAAAGGAUCCAGAACUGAGUGACAAAAACAGCCAGUACCUUGUUGGCCAAGGGGUCAAGGUUUAUAUCGACCCUUUCACCUAUGAGGACCCUAAUGAGGCAGUGCGAGAAUUUGCCAAGGAAAUCGAUGUUUCCUUUGUCAAGAUUGAGGAGGUUAUUGGUGCUGGAGAGUUUGGCGAAGUAUGUCGAGGACGGCUAAAGAUUCCCGGAAAAAAAGAAAACUACGUUGCAAUUAAGACGCUGAAAGGUGGCUACACUGACAAGCAGAGACGGGACUUCCUGUCUGAGGCGUCCAUCAUGGGCCAGUUCCAGCACCCCAACAUCAUUCAUCUCGAGGGGAUUAUCACAGCGAGCUGUCCCGUCAUGAUCCUGACAGAGUUUAUGGAGAACGGAGCACUAGACUCAUUUCUACGACUGAAUGACAGCCAGUUCACGCCCAUCCAGCUGGUGGGUAUGCUGCGCGGUAUCGCCUCUGGCAUGAAGUACUUGGCAGAGAUGAGCUACGUCCACCGAGACCUCGCUGCCCGCAACAUCCUGAUCAACAGUAACCUGGUGUGCAAGGUGUCUGACUUUGGCUUGUCACGCUUCUUGCAGGAGAAUUCCUCUGACCCAACCUACACCAGCUCUCUGGGUGGUAAGAUCCCAAUUCGCUGGACAGCUCCAGAGGCAAUAGCCUUCAGAAAGUUUACCUCUGCGUCAGAUGUGUGGAGCUAUGGCAUCGUCAUGUGGGAGGUCAUGUCAUUUGGAGAGAGGCCGUACUGGGACAUGAGCAACCAGGAUGUCAUAAAUGCCAUUGAGCAGGACUACCGCCUUCCCCCACCUCCCGACUGCCCCACUCAUCUGCACCAGCUGAUGUUGGACUGUUGGCAGAAGGACCGCUCGGCGCGUCCUCGCUUUGCAGACCUGGUCAGCGCUCUGGACAAGCUGAUCCGCAACCCUGCGUCACUCAAAAUAGUCGCCCAAGAAGCAGCGGGGCCCUCCUACCCCCUCCUGGACCAGCGUGCACCUUUAGCUCUCUCGUCAUGUGCUUCAGUGGGAGAAUGGCUUAGGGCCAUCAAGAUGGAGCGUUAUGAAGACAGCUUCCUCCAGGCUGGCUUCACCUCAGUGGACCAGCUGGCCCAGAUCACCACACAGGACCUGCUGCACAUGGGGGUGACUUUGGCCGGGCAUCAGAGGAAGAUCCUUUCCAGCAUCCAGACCAUGACUUUUCGAAACAAGAGCACUGCGACUGUGACCUUCUAGUCCCUGCGCAGCUCACCUGUCUCCUAACUUGGACAUGAACACUAGCACACAGGUGCAGCAUACCGAGAGCACUCUCAAUCAUCUCCAGUGACCCACUUUGAACACAGACUCUGCCAGAGAUUGAUAGAGUUUAUUAUUGACCAGAAAACAAAGGAAAAAAAUGAAUACAGAUGACAUUCCCAUCAGUGUGAGAGAGCUGUCCACAGACUGGCGAGUCCCUGUCACCCACUGUGACUCCAGGGAUGAAGAUGACGUUAUGCAGACGCACUCUUCCUCCUUUUUACAGCCAGUGUUUUUAUAUCUCCCCCACUUGAGGAUUCCAUAAAUGUGCGAAACCAAGAGGAGAGACAGAUCAGAGUUUAUACAGUUUGUAUUUUAUCAUGUCAUUUUGGUAAGCGACAGUUGACUGAUUGGAUGUCUUAUUACAAUUAUACUUUGACCUUUCACCAAAGGAGAAGAAAAGCAAUGCCAGUCUAUGGAUUUCAGUUUCCAUAUUGUAUUUUAGUGAUGAAUACAGACUGCUGGUUCCCUCCAUGUGUUGCAUUAAUCCAUCAGGAUUACAUUAUUACACCUUUCAUAUCAAACUAAAACUUUGGAAUGUGUUAGAAUGGUUUUCUCCAUCUGACUCCAACAUUACCUCCUCUUUACUCAGGUGUGAUGUGUAAUGCAGACUUUGGAGAGCGCUGUACUAAUCAGACUCAUCUUCCUCAGCGGCAUCUCCUCUCACCAGCUCAGCCCAUUGUGUGAGGAGAGGAGAGAAAACCCAGACAUUUCAGCACUUUGGCAAACUGUAGUCUUCAGUAACUCCAUUUGCUCGACUUGGAGUGCAGUCGGUCAUUUCUACUGCCCGUUUUUCUGUUGGCAGCUUCUUUUUCUUAUACUCCGAAUAAACAAGGACCAAGUGGACAGAGACCAGAGAACACUGUAGAAUUGCUUUUCUUUGUUAAAAUUACAAAAGAAGCUGUCUGGCCUCAAAACUGUUUUUGUUGAUGUAACUGAUGCAUUUUAAAUCCUCUUACUCUGAACUUAUUCAUCUUCCAGUGCCAUUCAGUCAUCUUUGUGGACUUAAAUGCCAAUUUUAUAAAGCAGAAUUCUCAUGAGUGAUUCACUUAUGUCUAAUUUUAAUAUACCUUAAAGGGUACUUUGACAUUUUGAAGUUUGGUGUGUAAUUUUCUUUCAUCGAAGCCUGGUAAUGCACUUGGACUUUCAAGAAUAGCAGUUGUAAGACAUUUUUUAAUAUUAAUCAUUAAAGACAGCAGAGCUAUUUGCUAACAGGCUAGCUGUCAGUAUCCACUGGUUUCAGAGAGGAAUGCUAACAAUACUGAGCUGCUGUUUGAGUAACUGCAGCCCCCCUUUACAUUAUUACACAGUGAAGAAGAAUGCAGUUCAAAAUGUCAAAGUAUACUCAAAGACUUUGCAUCGUAAUGGAUAAUACCAGCCUCUUUGACAUUAAGGUCCUGCAUAUCCUUCCCUGGUUAGUUUCCAGAUAUACAAUGUAUCUUUCAAACAGCUACUGAACAAUGUUGAAUGUUGAAAGUGAGUCGAUCACUGUCAGCUGAAUGUGUUUAUGCCACAGAUCAACAGUCAAAUUACAAUUUUUUUGUUGGCAAUUUUGACUUUUUCUAAACCAUGAACAAACAGUUUGACCUUUUCUAAUGAAAAGACUUGGGAGUAAAGAAAGAAUGUUUGACACUAGUAGGCCUGCAACUAAUUAUUUCCUAUACAGAAUAUUUUCUUGAUUAAUCCAUCGAUUUUCUACAAAACAAAUGUCAAAAGAUGCCCCACAGAAAUAUACUGGUCUAGAAUAGCAGAAACUAUAACCAGAAAAUGUUCAUACUUGAUAAAUGGCUGAACACUUAAAUAUCUAUUGAUUAAGUCUUUCAUUUCUUUACAUAAGGGAAACAUCACCGUGUAUAUAAAGUCAUUUUAAUCUGUUUAAAAUCUCAUUUCAAAGACGAUUUCACACACAUUAAAAAGCCACUCAAUAGUGAUUUAACAUUAACAUAAAACGGUCUGGCCUGAGUCAAAAACACUGGUAUUAUCGUUGCAAAAGUCAGAGAUUCCUUUAAGGAUGAUGGGAAAUCAAUGUGGUCUUCAUAUUGAAGAUCUCAAUAAAAUAGACGUUGAAAUAAUGAAUAGAUAAAGUAUGUUUUGAUUACCGUCCUGUGUGUAGACUAAUGUGUACUCAGUAUUCAUAAUAAAGAUACACAGCAGUGUUUACCAUCAGUGA